GUAAAUGUUCUAUUUUUAGGUGUCCCGUGACUGCCUCCCUCAAGACUGUCAAGACACAGCUGAUCGUAAACUUUGAGGGACGAUUUGAAUAAGUUCCAUGAUGACAGAGACGGAGAAAUCUCCCUUAUUGGGAUCUCGAACUGAAGACGAAGAGGAGGAGCAACUGUCGGGAUGCGGCGCUACGAUAUUCUGCGACCCCAGGAGGUUUCUUCACAGAUACCUGGUUUUAAUUGUGAUGUGCUUCCUUAGUUUUGGAAGCUACUUCUGCUAUGACAACCCUGCUGCCUUGCAGGACAACAUGCUGAAGGACCUGGACAUCUCUGAGAGCCAGUUCAUGUCCUUCUAUUCCUGGUACUCCUGGCCCAACGUCGUCCUCUGCUUCUUUGGCGGGUUUCUAAUCGACAAGUUGUUGGGUGUCCGACUUGGCUCCAUUGUAUUCAGUUUGUUUGUGACAACUGGUCAGGUGAUCUUUGCCUUGGGUUCUGUGUUCAACCUGUAUUGGUUGAUGUGUGCUGGAAGAUUUGUGUUUGGUAUUGGUGGAGAGUCUCUGGCUGUGGCACAGAACACAUACGCGGUCAAGUGGUUCAAGGGGAGGGAACUCAACAUGGUGUUCGGUCUGCAGCUCAGCUUUUCAAGAGUGGGCAGCACGGUCAACAUGAAUGUGAUGCAGCCCGUGUACAAGUUCAUCGGCAAGUGGUACGAGGGAUUCAAGUGUCUAGGAAUGUCGCUGUUUGUAGGCGCCGGCACGUGUGUGUUCUCCCUGAUCUGUGCAUUGACCCUGGCCUUCUUCGACAAGAGGAAUGACCGAGUCCUAAAGAAAUCUGCUUCAGCCUCAGAUGAAGUUGUUCGGAUGGGCGACGUCCGCUACUUCCCCCUCACCAUGUGGCUCAUCUGCGUCAUUUGCGUGGCCUACUACGUCGCCGUCUUCCCCUUUGUGGGCCUGGGACUUGUUUUCUUUGAAAUGAAGUACGACUAUUCCCCAGGCCUUGCCAACAAUGUCAACAGCAUCGUGUAUAUCAUCUCAGCAGUUGCCUCCCCUUUGUUUGGCUUCCUGAUUGACAAGAGCGGGAAGAACAUCUUCUGGGUGAUCACGGGGGUUCUUGUCACUUUGGGAUGUCAUGCCAUGCUGGCCUUCACCUUCAUCAACCCAUACGUUGCCAUGUCCACCAUGGGUCUGGCCUACUCUGUGCUGGCCAGUGCGCUCUGGCCAAUGGUGUCCAUGGUAAUCCCCCAACACCAGCUCGGGACAGCAUACGGAAUAAUGCAGGCUGUACAGAACCUAGGUCUGGCUGUUAUAUCACUGGUGGCUGGGAUCAUCGUAGACUCCAAGGGCUACCUCAUCCUGGAGGUGUUCUUCAUGGCCUGGCUCUGCAUGGCCCUGAUCGCAGCUGUCUUCCUGUACCUGGUCGAUGCUACACGAGGCGGUAAGCUGAAUAUGUCCUCCAAGAAGCGACACCAAGAAGCAGAAGCACUCAAGGAGAAGGAAGAGAAGGAAGAAGAAAAGAAACCACUGAACUAAGCCGGCCAACCACACGCAACCAUCACAGUAAAUACCAUUUUCAACAUGACAGAAAAUGCAAAUAUUAUGCAAAGUUUGAUAUCUAAUUUACAGAUGAUGUAGAGUUGA